AUGUUUGCGGAAUUGAUUCUUUUUCUAUUUGCUUCUUUUCCUCGUGUGUGAGCGAUUGUGGUCUCGCCAGCCGUUCCAGCUUAGGAUCUGUUUUUAGCUCGUUGGUAGCUGUAGAAGAACCACGUCUUCCGCAAGUGAACGCCAAAUAUCAACCUCCUCAUUUCAAAAGAAGAAGGAGCCUGAAUCAGGAACCAUGGCAGCUGCCGAAGGAAACAAGUUAUGGGGCGGCAGGUUUGUAGGGAGCACUGAUCCCAUCAUGGAGAAGUUCAAUGCCUCAAUAUCAUACGACCAGCGCAUGUGGAAUGCAGACAUCAGGGGCAGUAAAGCCUACGUGAAGGCAUUGCACAAAGCUAAACUGGUCACGCAGGAGGAAAUGAUGCAGAUUCAGAACGGCCUUGAUCAGGUUUUGGGUGAAUGGUCCAGUGGUACGUUCCAGAUUAAACCAGGAGAUGAGGAUAUUCACACAGCCAAUGAGCGUAGACUAAAGGAACUGAUUGGAGAGGCAGCUGGAAAGCUUCAUACCGGCAGGAGCAGGAAUGAUCAAGUUGUGACAGAUAUGAGGCUGUGGUUACGGGAUGCUAUCGCCACCCUGAAAGGAAACACCAUUCAACUUAUAACUACCAUGGUGGAAAGGGCAGCAGUGGAAAUCAACAUCCUUUUUCCUGGAUACACUCACAUGCAGAGAGCACAGCCAAUCAGGUGGAGCCACUGGAUUCUCAGUCACACAGUGGCACUAAGCAGAGAUGUGGAGCAGCUGGAGGAAAUCAAGAAACGGGUCAAUGUUCUGCCUUUGGGAAGUGGAGCGAUCGCUGGAAACCCCUUUAAUAUUGAUAGAGAGCUUCUUCGUAAUGAGCUCAACUUUGACGGGAUCAGCAUCAACAGCAUGGAUGCAACCGGGCAGAGAGAUUUUGUUGCCGAGUUCCUCUUCUGGGGAUCGAUGUGUCUCAUGCACCUCAGUAAGAUGGCAGAGGAUUUGAUCCUGUACAGCACCAAAGAAUUCUCUUUUAUUACACUAUCGGAUGCAUAUAGUACAGGGAGCAGUCUGAUGCCGCAGAAGAAGAAUGCUGACAGUCUGGAGCUCAUCCGAAGCAAAGCAGGGCGAGUGUUUGGCAGGUGUGCAGGAUUUAUGAUGGUACUUAAAGGCCUCCCCAGCACAUACAACAAAGAUCUACAGGAGGAUAAAGAGGCCAUGUUUGACACCUAUGAUUCAUUGCAUGCUGUACUGCAGGUGGCUACAGGUGUCAUGUCCACACUGGAGGUGAAUCAGAAAGCCAUGGAGGCAGCACUUAGUCCAGACAUGCUGGCCACUGAUUUGGCCUACUACCUUGUCAGGAAAGGAAUGCCUUUUAGGGAAGCUCAUAGCUGCUCAGGGAAAGCUGUCUUUCAAGCAGAGUCUAAAGGUGUCCCACUGAACCAACUUACCAUGGAAGACCUCCAUACUGCAAGUCCCCUGUUCGGCAGUGACGUGUCCGCAUUGUGGGACUACACAAGCAGUGUGGAGCAGUACAGCGCCUCUGGUGGCACAGCACGGAGUAGCGUUACAGCACAGAUAGAACAAAUGAGAGCCUGGCUGAAGGUCCACAGUGUUUAAAUGGUCCCUUCCAAUGUACAGGCAAACAUAGUUAGCACAUACAAGCAUUUGCACAUUUUCAUAAAAUUUUUUUGCCACACUAAAAUUGCUUAUUGUCAAAUAUUUUACUUAAAUUUAAAUGUGAAUGUAGGCCAACAUACCUCCGGCAGUAAAGGUGCUGCAGUACCUCUUGAUUUUCAGGUUUAGUGUAAGUAGUAAGUGCACUUGCAACUUUUUUCCCAAAUCGACAUUAGCGACAACGCUCUUUGUAGUACUGCCAAUUAAAACGCCUUCUCACAUUC